AGAGAUUUCUACCAAAAUGGCGCUGCCCAUAGAGAACUCGUGUGGAAAGAUGUCUAUGCUAAAUUAGAGAGUUUUAAAAAAACUGAAAUCUUAACUGGAUUUUGCUGUGUUUACAAUAAAGAAAUAUGGAAGCAAAUUUUCCAAGAGGUGGAGUUGCGAAGAAACAAAGUCAUGAAACAAAGAAUAGAACAGAUGAGAAAGAUUUAUUUCAAACUGGAGAAGAUGAUACCAAAAUUGAGAAAGGACAGAAAAGAAAAAAGAGAAAUGAAAAGAAGGGAACAGAAAAGAAAAACAAAAAACAGAAAGUGUUUAAUCCAAAGUCUAUUCAAUACAACACAGGCCAAAUUCAGCAGCUUUCUAUCAAGAUGUUAUCUACAGACAUGUUAGUACUGGGUUGUGUGAAGGAAGUACAUGAUUAUGAAGUGUUACUAAGUUUGCCUGGUGGUCUGUCUGGUGUAGUACCUAUAACCAAUAUAUCUGAUGCAUACCAUGACCAAUUAAAACAACUAGCUAGUCAGAGUGGGACAGAGGAUGACAUUGAAGAUUCAGAUAUUCACAGCUUACAUGAAAUAUUCAAGAUUGGAACUAUACUACCAAGUAAAAUAGUAAAUAUAGGGAAGAACACGAAAGGAAAAACUGCCAUUAAACUGACCAUCAAUCCUAAAGCAGUUAAUCAGGAAUUUGAACCAUCACAUAUAAGGGAUGGACUAGUUUUGUUUGGUAGUAUUGCCAGUCAGGAAGAUCAUGGAUAUGUAGUGGACCUUGGAGUCAAGACAGUCAAAGCUUUCCUAAAAAAUAAGGAUGCUGAACGAUACAUACAGCUGCAUAACGAUGGAUAUCCUCUGAUGGUUGGACAAUCUAUAAUAUGUAAAGUAGAAACAGGAAAGGAUAAACUAGACAUGUUAAGUGGAGAAUCUAGAACUGUCACUGUGACCAUAGAUCCUAAUAAACUGUCAUCUAAUGAGGUUCGUGGUGAAAUGGAUGUUCCAUUUAGAAGUUUAAUUCCUGGAAUGAAAGUUAACGCUACAGUAGACCAGGUAACAGAUAAUGGUGUUACAGUCAAGUUUCUGCAGUAUGGUGGUACUAUUCACAGAUCACAUCUUUCAGAAAAACCAAACAAGGCUCUCAAAAAUAAGCAGAUUAAAGCAUGUGUUCUGUACAUCCAUCCAACAACAAAAGCUGCUGUGCUGUCAAAUCUACCUCACCUUGUGGAAUAUAAAGGUGUGCCUGUGAUUGGUCAGUUUGGUCAGCUGACUGUAUGUCAGAUCGUAGAGAAUGCAGAAGUAACAAAUGCAGGAACCUAUAAUGUUCUGUUUAAAUUACCUGGAGACAUCAAAGCAACCUGUGGGAUAAAGAAUUUGAGUGAUGGUAAAAUUGCAGAUGUCCACAGUAUGUUCAAACAUGGAUCUGAACACAGGUGUAGAGUAAUGGACUUUCACUACAUAGACCAAUUAGUAACUGUUACAUUGAAACAAAGUAUAUUAGAUCAGAAGUAUAUGUCACUACAGGAUAUCGUACCAGGGGAUGUUAUUGAGUGUACAGUAGAGACCUGUGUUGAGAGAGGAGUUGGUGUCAAAUUAUCACAGAACAUUCAUGGCUUUAUACCAAACCUUCAUCUGGCUAAUUCAACAUUCAAAACUAGAGAUGUUAAAGAGUUCCAUGAAGGGAAACAACUCAAGUGUAGAGUUUUAAAUGUAGAUGUAAAGAAGAGAAAUGUAAUUUUAACACACAAGAAAAUGUUACUGAAUACCAAGUUACCGAUUCUGACAGAUUUUGAUCAGCUCAAAUAUGGGAUGGACGUAGAAGGUUACAUAGCAAAGAUUACCAAUAAAGGAGUUCUUGUAGCAUUCUUUAAUGGAAUGAAGGGUUGGGUUCCAAGGAAACAUCUGAGCACUGAAAACAUAGAAUUUCCAGAGAAAGUUUUUUUUAAAGGUCAGGUGGUGAAAGCCAAGGUUUUAUCUUGGAAUGAAGAAAAGAAGACAAUUAUUCUGUCUUUUAAUGUUGGUGCUAAAUCUUCAUUUGGAACCAAAGAGGAUGAAAGUGAAGAUGGUAUGAAGAUCGGACAGAUUAUGCAGUGUGAGGUGACUGGAAAAACAGAAACAGGUCUAGAUGUCAAACUACCAUCUUCAAAACAAGCUUUUCUACCAAUAAAGCAUCUGACAGAUUCCAUGGAAACCAGUCAUUUACUUCUUGAUAUGUAUAAUCCAGGAGAUGUCAUAGAAAAUGUCAUGUACCUGAGUAGAAAUAAUAUGCCUAUAAUGACAGCCAGAAAAUCUAUGAUAGAGUAUGGUAAAGAACAGGUGGCUGUUACAUCCAUCAAUCAGAUAAAGAUUGGCAUGAUGAUACCUGGAACCAUUCGUAAUAUAAUGUCCUAUGGGGUGUUUGUACAGUUUGCAGGUCAUUUAGUAGGACUUUCUCCAAAUAAAUUUGCUUCAGGACCCAAAUUGGAAGAUCUAAAUACAAUAUAUCACCAAGGGCAACCAGUCAUUGCCAUGGUAACAGAAGUGGACAAUGAGAAAAAUCGCUGUAUUGUCAGUUUGAGAAUGCAAGAUUGUUACCAUGGUAACGUAGAUAUUGGAAUAGACCUUCUAAGUACAUAUCUACGGGAAAUAGAUAGUGCUUGGAAUAAAGUUGUAGAGAAGAAAGGAAAGAAAAACAAGCUGAGAAGUGUGAAAAUAGGGCAGGUAACAGAGUUUAUUAUAGAAGAUUGUUCUGAAGAUGGUUUACUUGGUCAUGUGACUAAUGGGGUCAAGGGCAUCUGUACAAAAGAACAUAUGGAUAAUGAUAAUUAUGGGGAAGGAAGUAAAUUAAAAUGUGUAGUUUUGUUUAUUGAUCCUAAAAACAAAUGUGUGGAAGUGGCUGUUAAUAAACAUAUAAUAAAAACUGUAAACAGUAAACAGAAAUCAAAACACAAGGUUGAGGUUGGUCAGCAUGUAAAAGGGGAGAUUACUCUGAUCAAGAAGGAUUGCAUGAUGGCAGUAUUAAAAGGAAAAGAAGCUGGUACUGUGGUGUAUCUUCCAUCUAGAAGGCAUAUGAAUGAUGUGUUACAAGUCUUCAAAUAUAAUGUAGGCCAAGUCUUCCCCAUGAUAGUCAAAAGAAUUAUGGAUGAGCAUAUACUGUGUUGUUUUGAAUCUCACGAGAGACAGAGAAACAAUAGUGAAUGUGAAUUACAGGUUGGAGACAUUGCAAUAGUUAGUGUAAAGGAUAUACUUGAUUUCCAGCUGAAUGUGUUGUAUAAUUCAGUGCAUGGUAGAAUUCAUUUGACAGAAAUGGUAGAUUCGAUUGAAAAUGGAACAACUGUUUUAUCUCCUGGUAAAUAUAAACUUCAACAAGAAGUUAAAGCCAGAGUGGUUGGAUUUAGAGAAUGGAUACCAAAGAAAGAACAAUCGUCUUCAAAGACUCUUUCCUUACCAGAGUUUACGAUAAAACCCAGCAAUAUGGAAAAGGCAAACUUAGAUUCAGAACAUAAGUUCCAGAAAAAAGACAAAGUUGUAGGAUUUGUAACUAAAUGUGAAAAAGAUCAUGUUUGGUUACAAGUCACACCAAAGAUAAGAGGAAGAAUUGGGUUAAAUGAUUUGUCAAAAGAUCCAAAGGUGCUUGAGGAUCCCACAAAACACUUUAAAAAGGGUCAAGGUUACAAUGCUACAGUACAUAAUGUAAUGAAAGAUGGUGCUUUAGUACUGACAUUGAUAGAGAAUGCUUCAGAAAGUUUGACAAGUGGAAGUUUACAUAAAUGUGUUAUAACAUUGAUUAAGGAGGACAGAGGAUUAUUUGUACACCUUCCUGGUGGUAUUAGAGGUGUUGUAGAACUGACUGAGAUAUAUGACAAGUACACAGAUGAUCCUACAUCAGACUUCUAUGUUGGACAGUAUAUAGACUGUUCUGUUAUAAAACCUGGUAAAGAAGAUCAACACUACUUGUCCUAUAGAAAGUCCAGGAAAGUACACACCAAAAAGAUAGUAGACCCAGUACAAAGUUCUGUAGAAAAAGGACAAAUAUUACGAGGUUAUGUUGUACAAAGUACAAAAACACAGCUGCUGGUCAGUUUAGCCAAUCAGGGUACAGUGUCAGGAACAGUCACAAAGUCAUAUGUAUCAGAUCAUGGGGUAGAUGAUGUCACAGCAGCAUUCCCAGUUGGCAAGGUUGUUAUAGUCAAAGUUUUAAGCAUCUCUCCUAAAGUAGAACUCUCACUUAGGGAAAGUGACACUGGUGUUAAACAACCAAAAUCAGACAAAUUAAAAAAGAAAAGAAGAGAUUAUUUAAAUUCAGAAGAGGAAUACACUGUUCAAAAUAAUAAAAAGCAAAAGAAAAGUAGUGAAAAAAGAGAUAAAUCUGAACUGACUAAAGUGAAAAAAUUGGACCGGAAAAGAAAACUUUCAGAAUUAGAAAACGCUAAUUCAUCAUUAACUGACUUUUAUAAGAAAUCAAAGGGGACAGGCGACUCAGACAGUGGGAUAGAAGAUGUGUAUCCAGGUUAUCCUUUGCAGAAGAAUCAUCGACCAUGUGUUCAGAUAAAGAGUGGAUGGUGCUGGGAUACUGAAUACAAAUCUCCAGUGAUAACUAGAUCUACACAAUCUGAUACUGAAGAUGAUGAUGAGGAGGAAAACUCUCAGGUGGAAUCAGACCAACAGAAAACUCCAAUACAGAAAGACAAGAAAGAAGAAGAAAAGAAUUUAUUUCAGUUUGAGCAGCAUCAGUUAGUAGGGGACAUAACUCCAGAAGCAGCAGAUGGUUUUGAUAGACUUGCUCUUCAGUCUCCUAAUAGUUCUAUGGUCUGGCUUAGAUAUAUGGCCUUCCACUUAGAAACAGCUGAGAUAGAGAAAGCAAGAGCUGUGGCAGAAAGAGCUCUCAAAACAAUCUCAUUUAGAGAAGAACAAGAAAAGUUGAAUGUUUGGGUGGCAUACCUGAAUUUAGAGAACAUGUAUGGUACACCUGAAGAACUGGCUAAAGUUUUAGAGAGAGCAUUACAACAGAAUGAACCGCUAACUGUCUAUCAACAUCUCAUUAAUAUUUACUUCAAGGCAGGGAAGUUCCAGGAUGCAGAAAACACUUACAAUAUUAUGUGCAGGAAAUUCUCAUACAAAAAAGAACCUUGGAUUGGAUUUGGGUUGUUCCACUUCAAAAAUGGGAACUUUGAAGCAGCCAGAAAGAUUCUGCCAAGAUGUCUUAAAAGUCUCAGCAAAGAAAAUCAUGUAGAAACAAUAGCCAAGUUUGCCCAGAUGGAAUUUAAGCAUGGAGAACCUGAGAGGGGGAAGACAAUGUUUGAAAACAUUCUAAGUAAUUAUCCAAAACGAACAGAUUUGUGGUCAGUGUAUGUAGAUAUGGUGAUUAAAACUGCUGAUAUAGAGGCCGUUAGACAUUUACUGGACAGAGUUAUACAUAUGAAGCUGUCGGCCAAGAAAAUGAAAUUUUUCUUCAAGAAAUAUUUAGACUUUGAACAAUCUCAUGGAGACAAUAAACAUGUAGAAUAUGUAAAACAGAAAGCAUUUGAAUAUGUUGAAUCUAAGGGCUUUGUGGAUGAAUAAGUUUAUAGUUUUAAUAUUUUUAAUGGCAAUGAAACGUUUUAUGGUAACACAGGGAUGAUUUUUGCCUUAGAAUAAAAUUUAUUGAAAGGAGUAGCUAAUUAGGCUAAUAUUUGCCCAAGAAAAUGAAGUUUUAAAAUUUAUAAAUAAUAUAAGGAAUGCAUAAAAAGAAGAAAAUAAAUGAAUAAGUCAAAUUUUUAAUGUUAUGGCAUCAAAUGACAUCAUAAGAUGCAUCUAUUUUAUGAAAAUGGAAGAUUUUAUGCAGUUUUUCCAUCUUUAUUUUCUUUGUAGAAACAUUGUGUGCAGUUAAAAACAAGCUUUCUUAUAGCCAUUUACAUAAUCUUAAUAAAUGUAAAGGUUUUUUUUAGUUGUGCAUACUUUUCCAAUCCCAAAUAUACUCCGAAGCUGAUACAAAACAAGGAAGAUGAAUUUUACAAAAUAUUUAUAUUUGGUUAGUAUUUAGCCAUGGUCCCUUGACAAAGGUAACAUCUGUGUUUAAAUUUCAUGCGAGAUCAUUUAUUGUAACUUUUUAUUUUACGCUAACUUUUGGCCCUUACUGUUAUUAUUAUUAUUUGCACCUACUCCUUUAUAUGAAAACACCUCAUUCUUUCAAAAGCAAUUUUGUACCAGCUCUUACUUAUUUCAACAACAUUUGAAAACAAAAUUCAAGAAGCAAAAUACUUGAUAAAAGAUAUCCCUGGUUACAAAAUAUUGACCUUGAAUAUGUUUAAAUGUUUCAUCUGCAAUAUAAAUGUAAGAACGAGUCAGAUGGUUGUUUUAUUGAUAUCAUUUAUCGUCAUUGGAAUGAAUCUGAUAACUUAAUGUUGAAUCGAAGCUAAGUAUGAAUCUAUCAAAGUGAAAGUGUUUGUGAGAAAUGAUUGGUGUAUUGUGAAUGAUCAUUGUAAGAAAGAAUGUCAAUAUAAUUAUUAUUUAACUUUGUCAUAUAGAUAUGUGUUCAUACUCUGAUGAAAUACAACAUAGUUUA